AUGUGUUAUCUCAUUGCAGACAUGGCAGAGCCAAUUCAGCAGCUCACUAGAAAUAACAGUCCCCAGGAGAGACAGACCAUCCCAUUCACUCUGAUCCAGCGCAAAGAAAAGCUUGGAGAUCUGCUUUAUGAAAAACGUCAGUAUGGAAAAGCCAAGUGGGCGUGUAUAAAAAUGAAGGAAAAACAGUACGAACAGAGCAUAUGCCUGGGAUUCAUGAAGCUCAUGAGGUACAUUUGCGAGCAGAAUUCCUCAGGACUGUACUUGGGGAUAACAGUACCCAUUGUGACUAUAGUGCAUACAAAUGAAUCUCAAUCGGAGAUGACACAGUCAGUGACAGUAGCAUACUACCUGCCUGAAGUACUGCAGGAUCAGCCUCCUCAUCCUUUUGACUCUGACAUAAUCAUUGAAGAGUGGCCUUCUACUAUUGUUUACAGUAGGAGCUUCAGAGGAAUCACCAAUGAAGACUCUAUAAUGAGGGAAAUAAACCUGCUGGCAGAAAUUCUGGAGAGCCCCGAGUUAUGUUUGCAGGAUACAUUCAUCAUUGCAGGAUAUACAAAUCCAGCUGCUGCUAACCGACUUAAUGAAAUUUGGUUCCUUCAGAGACCAUAGUCUCCCACUUCUAAUGCCUCUCCAGUUACAAGAUUCAGUUUUGACUUCAUGGCAGAAUUUUGCAAGUGAAUCACGUGAGACUAGAGGACAAACACUACAAGAAUUUAGAAAAGUGGCUUUUAGCCAAUUAGCAAGACAGUCAAUACAACUUAAUAAGCAUACAGAGGUAACAGCUGCUUGCUUUAUAGAGGUAACACCCAAAAUAUACACAAUUUCCUAUGUCAAAUGUUACAUUUUUAAAAUAAUUGCUAUGGAGACUUUUAGCACUUUUAAGAUUAGUUCACUUUUUUUUUUCCUCUCCAAAAGAUAAGGGAGAUAGAGACCUCUCCCCCCCCCGCUCACUUAUUAGCAUACCUAAACUGCUUGUGGCUUGGGACUGUCCUACGGGAGAUCCUGGAGCCUAUGCCCUGGGCAGGCCGUGCUGCACCAGCUGCAAAAAGGAUACUGUAGGGGCGUUAAAUGGGGGACACAUUAAAACCACCUCCCACAUGCAGACUGUGCUUCAAACAAUAAUUUUCAGGUCUUCAUUUCUGAAGAAUUUAGGUCACUGGGAUUAAACCACGGAGCAAGACUAGCCCAGUGCUGACUAGUUUCAAUACUGUCACCCAUGGAGCAGAGAUUCUUAACGUUUACCUCAAAGAGCAUUUAACCAAAGUACUUUUUUAACUAUGAGAAGAGACCAAGAAGUCAAAACAGUCCUAAUGCCCGUUAAACUUUUGAUAGCCAAAGUUAAGGUAUACCUUAAUCACACACUCAUAACAAUCUCAUGACUGUAUGUGGCGUCCACACAUAGAAAGUGCCCAUGCUCAACAGUUCAGCUUUCUGACUACUAUGGUUUUAUAACACAACUUUGCUGAAUGUUAAUGUGCUGCAACUGAAGUAAUCGGUUAACUACUUUUUAUGCUCAACUUUUCUAGCAGUGUUACAUAAUUAAAGUUAUAAAUAUGACACAAAUAUUUCAUAAAAUCAUAGAAAGACUUAGGUUAGGAGUAACCUCUAGCAGUCACUGGGUCCAACCCUCUGCUGAAAAAAGGCCAACUUGGAUGGUAGAGCAGGCGGCUAAAGGUCUCAUCCAGUCGAAUUUUGAGCAUCCCCAGGGAGGGGGGUCCACAACCCCUCCGGGCCGCGUUCCAGUAUUUGACCACUCUCACUGUGAGAAUUUUUGUCCUAGUAUCUAAUUUUGUGUGUUGCAACUUGUUUCCUUUACCCUUCAUCCAUAUGACAAAAGGUAAUUCUUCAAGUUAGAAAAGGACUAGUGUAGCAUGCUGUUGCUCAAAGACAAGCUUGUGUAAUUCUAAAUGCAUCAGAAAGUCUGAAAGCACCAUUCAAAUUUGGCUGCAUAUUACAAUUCAAGAGCACCAAAUGCACUUUAGAACCAGGUUAGCAAAUAAUUUUGUUCUUAGAAAUCCCUUCUUAACCUCUCCCCUUAAAGAUCUGAUAGUAGAGUUUACUCACAUUACUGAAUAUAAGUAAUUUAGUUUAUAUCAAGUGUCAAGCGUUAUAUAUCACCAGAAUUAUUUAUCAAUUACAAGAUUUAGGCUCUAGAGCUUGUGUGUUCUUCAGGCAAAACAACAUACAAUAUGACCACCAGAACCAGGGUUUGCUAGGGCAUAGUACUCUUAAUUGGCAAACCAAAUGGAUUUAUAUAGUACUUCUGUGAAAAAACCUACAGAUCGAGAACUUUAAGCCUCCUAGCUCCGCAAGGCUUUCUCCUGCACAAAGCCGACUUUAUUCUUCAAACUAAAACCUCUUACUGUGAAGCUGAACCCGAAAAAUACUGAUGGGAAGCUGGUUGAUCAUGCUUAAGCACGAUCAGGGUGCCCUCGAGUGGCUGCUCUCUGCAAAGAUGACUUCAGUAAAACAGCAAGGGGCGGCGGGGGAGGAGAAAAGCCUUAUUUUUAAACAUAAUUAAGCUGAUAGCGUUCGCAGAAAAAAAUGAGCAGUCCUCACUUCCUUCUUCUGAAUCUCUAAUUCCUCCAGCUUUUCAGACGCCUUGCACUGCUUCAACACAAACAUUUGCAUUGCCACAAAUUAACUGGAUGUUAGAGCUGAUCUCACUUGGGGGGAGAGGAAAUCUCAAGAGAUUGUGGUUUAUUCUUUGUUUUCUUCCCCGAAAGCAAGCUGUCUGAUCUGAUUUGCCAGGUGGCAACGCAAGUGCUUGUGUCAGUUGUGGCCAUAAGUAGGAACCACAGGGUAAACGCACGCCAAGGUAUCUCUUACUUAACAGGACAAGAGGAUGGCUAUACCUGUCAUAUAUUUUAUUCCUCUCAAUUUGUUAAAGACAUAGGAUCACAGCUAGGAAAAAAAUUAUGCAGACUUCCUUUUCAAUAUGUUCAGUCAGUCGUUUCCUGUCUGAUUACCCCUGAAGUUAGUGACCAACUAGAGCAGCUAUUUUAGCUUGGCUUUUUACUUUAACGUUUCUUCACUUUGUUAGAAACACCAGCCAGUAUUACAGUAAAAGCUAGUAAGUUAAUGGAAAACAAUAAAAACUUUCAAAGAACUGAGUUGAAUGGGGGAUUCAGGGAUGCAUUAAAUAACAGGUUUUGUUUUAGUCCCGCCCAAAGAAAAAGGUUUUGUUUUGUUUUUUUUAACUAUAAAGGCAAAUAAAAGAUACAUUUUGACCACUGACAAAAUCUUAUGGCAAAUUAAAGUAGUUUUUUCAAAUUGAUUACUUCUGACAGUUAUAGAAAUAAUACAGAUGCUUUGGUACAAGAAAUGUCUAAUAGCUAUAGGAAGCAAUUAAAUCCUCUCACCAGAAGGCAUCUAUUUGUAUAUAUUUUACAUUAAAAAACUGUUUUAAAGUGUUUGCUACAUAGUACAUCUCUUUCCAUAAGCAACCUUCACCUAAAUAUUUGUCUGACUCAGUUGCUUGUGGGUAUGGUAUAGAAACGUACUUGUUACUAAAAUAUAAAAAUGAGCUGUUUAUCUGAAUGUGCUGAUAUCCUAACCACAGCAAAACGUUCAGUGUUGUUUUACUUAAAACUGUGAAUUCCAAGAUAGUUUUUAUUUUGACUCAUGUUAGACUGCUUAUGCUGCUGAGAAAGAACCAGUUAAUCUUAAGUUUGAAGAUACACUUUAUGGCUAUGAAACACUGUACCACCGUCUAUAAAUGGCCCUCACGGAGCAUGGCACUAAGAACUGCAUUUCUUUUGAUUGAGAUACAGAGUGAGCGUACUUAAUAGCUACACCAAUAAAUGUCAUGGAAAUGUUACUAUUCCUCAAAAAUACCAUCUUAGAAAGCUUGAAAACUUUGUCAAGCCUGCUUACCUAGCUCCUAUUAUUAGAACAGGUAUUUUAAUAUCCUUCUAUCUCUCUACUUUGUAAGCGAUUAAAAACAAAAAUCCUUUGGCUAAUCUGAAGCACUUGAUUUGCACUACUAAAAGGAGAUAAUAAAAUAUAAUCCUGUACUCUAUAAUCCCGUAAAAUAUAAACCCGUACUUUUGAAAAUUAAAUGAAGUAGCCUAAGUAGAUGAAUGUUGUCCUGCAUAUUGUGUAUUUUUCAAACACGUAUUAGUGCCUAAAAAGUUUAUUCCAGUUAUUGUGAUACUCAGGGCCUUGCUUAUUGUAUGUAUACAAAUAUAAACUAUAAUUUUUCCAGCAUUGUUGAGUUGUGCUGUUUAACUCUGUCCUUCAUUUUCACUGAAAAGUUGUCUUGUUUAC